AUGGCAGUUUGUGACAGCCAUUACAAUUUCACAUUUGUUGAUAUUGGUUCGUUUGGAAAAUGUGCUGACUCGACAGUAUUUAGAGACUCUGUUUUUUACAAAAAACUUAUGAAUAAUGUAUUAAAUAUACCAGAAGACCAACCAUUAACAUUUACAGAAGCUCCAAUUUUGCCAAAUGUUUUAAUAGGUGAUGAAGGUUUUGGUGUCUCUACAAAACUUCUACGUCCUUUUGGUGGUAAAAAUUUGUCGGUAAAAAAAAAAAUAUUUAAUUAUCGGCUAAGCAGAGCAAGGCGGUACAUCGAAUGUACAUUUGGAAUACUAACUAAUAAAUGGCGGAUAUUUCAUCGACCUUUAAACGUUUCGAUGGAACUUACAGAAGAAAUUGUCAAAGCAUGCUGUGUAUUGCAUAACUUCGUAAGAGAAAGGGAUGGAGUGCAAUUUGAUGUUAUACUGACAGUUAAUGGGUUUGAUGAAAUGCAUAGUCCAUCUUUCACUAUUCUAGGAGGCAGAACAGCAAAUGACAUUAGAGAUCAAUUUGCAGAUUAUUUUAUUUCUCCAGAAGGAGAAUUGCCAUGGCAAUACACACAUAUUUAA